GGCUCUCAGUGUUGUAGAGCAAGCCGAAUCAAUGGCAGGCACAAAUCUCGCGCUCGGCGCAUCGCUCGCCCUGGUCCUCUGCGUGUGGGCAGGUGCAGCGCAGGGUCAGGUGGCAUACAUACGGAACCUCUCGGAGCUGCGGAUCAAGGAGUUGGAAAGCCUGGCAGUGCGCUUACAGCAGACCAUCAACCAUGAGAAGUAUGCCUGCGAGAGUUACUUUGACUACGUCUGCAGUAGCAACCGAACGCUCUUCUCUAUUAUGGGCCACAUGCCGAAGCUGAGCGAGCUCAUCCAACUCUUGACGGAGCUCCAGAACGACCCAGAGCAGUUCCAGGCAAAGCAGAAGCUAAUAGACUUCUUCAUCUCCUGCAACACACAUCACGGCGUGGAGGAUUGCUAUAGGCAGACCUUCGAGUACUUCAAGCCCCUUUUCGGUUACAUUAUAACCAAAAACCAACUGGAGCCCAGUUCCCACGAGCUUUCCGAUUUCCUGUACAUUCUGAACAACUUCGUUCUGAAGACAAAGGAAGAAUUCGGCUCUCAUCCCAUCUACAGCAAGCUGGCCACGUACAAGGAGAAGUUUCGAACGCCGCGCAUAUACUUUCACUCCGGAGACCUCAAUCGUGAGUACCAGGACCUGCGGAUCUACCGGGAGAGCUACGAGCACAACGUCAGAAACCUAGAGCUCCACCGCAAGCGGAAUUCCACCUACGAGCUGGGCGUUCAACGGACCAUGCUGGACUGGAGCCUGUACCUCUUCCAAAGCCAGAACAAGCCCAUGUCCUACUACUACUCCACGUUCGCCGUGCACCUGUAUAUGACGCUCUACAACAGUACGGAGCGUCAGAGGGACUUUACGCGUUUCCGGGAGGACGUCGAGUGCCUGAAGCUGCCGCAAUUCGUCAACGUUUUGGAUGAAGCCCGAAUGCUGGCCGUGAUCUACCUUAAGAGCUUUCGCGCCGUGUGGGAAGAUUAUAGAACCUGGAUCGCUAUAAAGCCGCAGAACCAAGAAAUAUACGACCAGGAAGACGGUAUACUCCACAAAUAUCAUCUCAACAAUAAGCGCAUCUUCUUCACGCUAUACGCCCAGAACUUCUGUGAGUUCGGCAAGGAUCUGGCCGAACACGUGUUCUACCUGGGCCUCAAGCAGAAUCCUGAUUUCGUCAACAUUUACUCGUGUGGCUUUCAGACGGAAAACUCUAUAAGGUGUAUUUAAAUCUGAAAAACUGUAUUGCAAAUCGCCUAACUUAGAACUUAAGGAAUCACAUAAUCAGUCAAUCUAUAAAAGAAUCACAGUAACCCACAA